AAACUUGCAAAUGUUCAUUGGUUUAACAACAAUAAGUAGCUUCUUAUUAGUGAACUAACACUAAAAUGGCUAAAGCAAGAACUCCUGUUUUAAAACACAGUCGAACAAACAUUGAAGAUGAAGUUAAUGCUCGUAUGGCUGGUCUGUCGGUCACAAAUAUCAACCUAAAAAAGGACAUGAGAGAUAAAAAAAGAAUGAAUUCCAAAACCAGUAGCUCCAGUUCAGAAGAAAAACCUGAACCUGUUGGACUACAAGUUGAAAGUAGGAAAAAAGGUCAAGCCCUUUCUAAAGCAAAGUUUGGAAGUCAUAGCUUCACUGAACGUGGAACUCAAAGGAAGAGGCCACAACUCUCGGCAAGUGAUCCCACUUGGGAAAUGUCUCGUUGGAGACAUAGUCCAAGUGGUGGCUUUGGGCUUCGAAGAACAGGACCGUCCACGCCAUCAAGCUCAUCGUCUCAUUCUUCAGGAGGGGCAAGGUUUCGCACGUCAAGUUAUCGGCCUCGGCUGCACUCUGACUCCUUCACUGAACAAGGCUAUCUUCUUCCUCGUGGCCUUCGAGAUCAACAUGCAGCACACAAAUGUGGUUGGUCAGAAUCCGACAGUGGUUCAGGUGUUUCUCCAGCAGAGGGCCAGACUAGCCCAAGUUUACCUGAUGAGGGAGCUGCAGCACCUUCGUCAGUAUGUACGCUUGACCUUAGCAAAAAAUCAGAUAAAAAGAUUUCAAAGAUUAAAAGAAGAAAGGACUCAAAGGUGGGUGUUUAGUAUAGUAAAAAAAUA